AUGGCUGCCAUCAAGAGCAUCGCUCUCAUCACAACAAGUACUCGCAAGAGUCGAGUUGGUCCUCAGAUCACCAGUGUCAUCAACGAUAUCCUCACUGGCGAUGCAGAUGCCAGCAAGAACACCAAGAUCUCCCUAGUAGACGUCGCAGACUUCAACCUCCCCGUCUUCGAUGAAGAAAUCAUGCCCGCCAUGGUACCCGACAAGGGUUCCUUCAAGCAUGCUCACUCUAUUGCCUGGAGUAAUGAGAUCAAGAAGUACGACGGCUACAUCUUUGUCAUUCCAGAGUACAACUUUGGCCUUGCCGGCGGUACCAAGAACGCUGUUGAUUACCUGUACAAUGAGUGGAUUGGCAAGGGUGUUCUGAUUAUCAGCUAUGGUAUCUUUGGAGGUAAUUCUGCAAGUGAACAACUUGAUAAGACCCUGAAAGGCAUGAAGCUCAAUGUUGUUGAUACUCGACCUGCGCUUGGAUUUCAUGGUGGUGUUGGUGAUGAUCUCUGGCUUGCUGGUGCUGGAAAGCUGGGCGAUGACACCAAGAAGGAUAUCAUUGCUGAGACGCCUACUAUCCUCAAGGCUUUUGGUGAAUUGAAGGAUCUGAUGGACAAGCAGGUGCCCAAGGAUAGCCAAAAAUGA